AUGGGCAAUGUUAAUGUUGGCGGGGCCGGACAAGAGCCAGGCAUUCACGAGACUAAGAAUGGCUUGUCGAAUCCCGGCGGGCCAGGGAACUCUACUGAAUUACGAAAUGGCACGACUCAUGUGAAUGGGGUAUCAGGGACCGCCAGUGGCCAGCUAUGGAAAACAGAGGCGUCAGUAGCAUCGGGAGAGCCACCCGCGCUUGUGCAUAUCACUCAAGGGUUUUUCCCAUUCUCGAUGUUGGUUAAUAGAUCGGUUCAGCAAUGCUGGAACGACCUGUCGGAAUUGGUCGCAGAGCUAGCAGAAAUGCAGGUUCCUUACCAAGAUCAGUCAUCAUUGUCUUUCACCCCCCAUGGGAAGUCCUCAGGGAACCAGACUUCUGCGAAUGUACAGAAAAAGCUCCGGUUACUUGAUUUUGCCCAUGCGAAACGAGCAGAAUUCAUCAAACUUCUCGUUCUCUCACAAUGGAGUCGACAAGCCGCCGAUGUUAGCCAACUCAUCGACCUGCAGGGUUUCAUUCGUACUCGUCACCAAGCCUAUGCGGCAGCUCUUCAAUGGGUUGGUGACAUGAAGAGAGACCUGGUCAUGGCUCAAGUAGCCAACCCCGACUUGAAAACUGCACUAGAAGUCAUAUCUAAGGGUAGGGUAAUGGCCAUGUCAGAUCUCGGGUAUAAACCGCCAAAGCCGUUGACAGCAAAGCGCACUCUCAAGAAGCUGCAGAAACUGAAUAAGAUAAUCAGUAUACGAUUAACAUUGCAUGACCAAGUGCCCAGAGCUUUUCAGACAUAUCAUGUUCAUGAUGGCAGAGUAACUUUUUCCGUCCCUGGGGAGUUCGAACUUGAUCUUUCUGUGGGAGAAGAAAAUAAGUCUUCUCAGUUUUUCUUUGUUGAUAUCCGCUUUCUUUUUUCUCCUUCGUCUGCCAUUCCCAAAGGUCGGGUUCUGAAUGAGCUUGACAUCAGAAUCAAUGAUGUACUCCGUGACAGCGGCCUCACCGGGUGCUUCGACCUGUUGCACGGUUUGGUUCUUACAUUUAAAGUCAAUGUGCUUUUCAAGCAAGCUAUCGACUUAGCAAGAGGUCUUUGGUCCGAUGUUUUGCGGGUUGAGCUCUUGCAUCGAACACUCAUUGUGCAGUAUUGGGCGUUAAAACCUGGAGCUAAGAGCUGGCUUGAAGUUGGCAUCAAAAGUGGUCGUCUACGAGGGAGCCAUGGGGAUCCUGGAGUGCCAUGUUUGGGUCUUCGCUGGAUGCGAGAUGGUCAAGAGGUCGACAACGCAAACAUCGAAUUUGACACGCAAAUUUUAUCGAUGGAAUAUGUCCUGCGGAGUGUUAUAGCACUACAUGUCUCUCACAUUCUCUCGUCGGUAUAUACCAAUAUAUGCGAGAAUUCAUUGUUCUCCACGGGUUCACUAUCUUUGUGUGCUCAAUUAUCUCGGAUGGAGCCUGGAGACUGCCAGCUCGACAUCCAGCUUACCUCGUCUAGACACCUUCGUGUCACAGUUGAACCAAUGUCAGGUGCCAGUGUUCUUUCGGCGACGCCUAGCAUAUUGGAUCGUUUCGAUAGUGACCGCGGAUCCGAUAAGUCGCUCACUGAUGAAAUUGCGUCUCGUGUGGCACGGAUUCGUUGUUCUUCCGCGAUAGAAGAGAUUGAGUCAAAUCUGAAGAUUCUUGGCUUUGAAACCGUUAACCCUAGGUCUCUUAAAGUUGACAUCCGGAGAAUCUUCCCGUCUAACAUUAUACGGUUUACGUUCUUCCGGCAUCAUCUGUGGGAACAUAAUUGGCUUAUAGCCGCGACGAGCAGCAUGGACAGCGAUAACUGGUGGGUCAUACAGCUUCGACCGACGUUAUCAGCAAAUAAACACCCAAAUCUUGGUGCUCGAGAUGCAUCUAUGCUCCGAUCAGCUCAAGUUAUCAGCAGUAGGUUCCUUACUGCGCAGCAACACACAAGUUAUGCGGCGUGUGCGGAUCUUGGGCAUUGUCUUACCGGAAUACUGGCGAUCCACGCCAAUGCUCGCUUUCUGGUGGAAUUACAGUGCAUUCAUUUCCACCCUCCGCUGCAUAAAUUACAGAUCGAAACGGGUCUUAGAACACCAGAUAUCUUCAUUCGCUACGAAGCCUCGAAUCUGCCCCCGGCUUUGCGGAUAGCACAACCUGCUGGAUUGAAGAAAUCUUACAUAAAAAACACCAUUCGCGUUGCCUUCCACGGCAUCGAUCCCCACAAGAAUCUCGCCAUUCUCGUGGCGUACGGGAGCCUAUCAAUGCCUGUCAAGGCUCUGAGCACGCUGGUCUCGAAAUGGGAUCCUUCUAUCGUUUUUCGGCAGAAAGGCGGCGGUUUUGCGAUUCGUCUUCUUGCACCGGCAGGCCAGAUUGUCAUCGUAGAUCUCAUUGAGAAAUUACAACGGCUCGAACAGAUACUGUCCAUCAUUGAGUCUCUUCAACGGAAGAAAAUGGACGUUUUGUCACUGUCACUAUCUCGCAUUGCUUUCUCUUAUGGUCCUGGCAAGGUUCUGCGUGCCAACAUCAAUGUCAGCACGUCUGGACCCUCGUCCUCUGCACAUACUGACCUUUCCGGGAUCCCUUCGAAGGCCGAUUCAGUUUUCCUCCAGCGACUGGGAAUUGUCUUUGAUCAUCCAAACCCUCACCGGCGCAUUCAAGGAUCCUUGACAACUAGUUUAAACAAUGCAUCUAGUGAAGCCGGCCUAGACUCCUUCUUUGAACUUCUCACUCUCACUCUUCCAUUGUUGCGGGCUCUCGACCAGAUAACCGUCAAUCCAUCCCACAACGAGCCAUUGAAGGCGCAAGUAACAGUGCGCAAUGCGAAAACAUAUCAAAUUCACUAUCCUAUCGCAAAGUUUCGCUUUCAGCUAGUUGCUGGUCAGCAUUUGAACCGGAUGACUUGGAUAUUGAAAGAUGUGAGUGGCACACAAGACAGAUCACACCAGAGUCAAAUCACAGGCAGACUACGAGAAAAGCUGUACAAUGCAAAUGGUGAUGGUUGGAGAGGGCUCGGAACCGGGAUAGUUGCAGAUGUUGACAAAGUUUCGAAUCUCGUCCUGGAACUUGACGGCUGUUUUAGCGAUUCUCGAAGCACUAUAGCUACGCCGGGCCAUAGCGCGGUAGGACACGGUACCAGGAAUGUCGGCCAAAAGCAGGCAGUCGGACAAGGCGAUCCUAGACAAAUUAUAAAUGCAGGAGUGCGCCCUAGUGGAGUUGUGUCUGCUGUUGGGGCUCCUGGCAUGAAACCCGAACAGAAGGCUUCGGAAGAUAUUAUCAUGAUUGACUAG